CACUCGGUGCCUGCGCGCGCUCACGGACCAAAAGGGACCUUAGGAAAAAGCUCGCGGCUCCGUCUGAUGGUAAUUAAACACCGAUCCAGAUUACGCUUCAGUAGAAAAGAGCGGCUGCUGUUGCCGUGGAGGCGCGCGCGCUGAACUUUUCUCCUCCGCUUUUAAAACACCCAACACACGUCGGCAUGGCCGAGAAACGGCGCUCCGCAUGCACCAUGAGCCUGAAGGCUCACGCGUUCUCGGUAGAAGCGCUGAUCGGCGCCGAGAAACGGAGAAAGCUCGAAGAGGAAGAGGAAGAGGAGGAGGAAGAAGAAGGCCAGGGAGAAGAAGAAGGAGAAGGGGAGGAGGAGGAAGAGGAGGACGGAAGCUGCUUCGAGGAGGUGAGCGGGUGCUCGAGCCCGCAGGCACGCGCGGAGAGAACGAGCGGCGGAGACGGAGUUGUUGAGUGUGAGACGGUGCUGCAGAGUCCCCGCUCCGCCCACAGCGCUCCGCUGCACGCGGGUCCCGGACAGGAAGCGCGCGUGGAGCUGCAGGGCGCUGACCUGUGGAAGCGCUUUCACGAGAUCGGCACGGAGAUGAUCAUCACCAAAGCGGGCAGGCGAAUGUUUCCUGCGAUGCGGGUGAAAAUCAGCGGUCUGGACCCUCAUCAGCAGUAUUACAUCGCCAUGGACAUCAUUCCCGUGGACAACAAACGAUACAGGUACGUGUACCACAGCUCUAAAUGGAUGGUGGCCGGUAACGCGGACUCUCCGGUGCCGCCGCGCGUUUACAUCCACCCGGACUCUCCAGCCUCAGGGGAGACGUGGAUGCGGCAGGUCAUCAGCUUCGACAAACUUAAACUGACCAACAAUGAGCUGGACGACCAGGGCCAUAUCAUUCUGCACUCCAUGCAUAAGUACCAGCCGCGCGUCCACGUCAUCCGAAAAGAGUGCGGAGAGGAGCUUUCUCCGGUCAAAGCUGUUCCCACCGGGGAUGGAGUCAAAGCCUUUUGCUUCCCUGAAACAGUCUUCACCACGGUCACAGCCUACCAGAACCAACAGAUCACAAGACUGAAAAUAGACAGAAAUCCAUUCGCGAAAGGAUUCCGAGACUCUGGCAGAAACAGGAUGGGGCUGGAGGCCCUGGUGGAGUCUUACGCUUUCUGGAGACCUUCACUGCGAACUCUAACGUUUGAGGAUAUACCAGGAAUGACCAAACAAGGUGCCGCUGGUACCCAUGGAGUGGUCGGGUCUUCCGCUCACACACAUUUACUCUCCACAUCACCCUGCUCCUCCCCAGCAUUUCACCUGGCAUCUGGGGCGGGGCCUGUAUGUGAUUACUCUGCAUGCAGUCGAACGAGCCACCCUCUUCAUCGGUUUGCCACACCCCUCACUGCAGACUCCUACAGCCGACUGACCAGCCCUGCCGCUGAUGCUUUUUCCUCCACCAGAAACCCCACCUAUGUGGGCGGGGCAGAUGGUGAGGCUUUUUCCUGCACACAGACUGGUCUACCAAUCCAAAUCCCUGGGAUGCCUGGCCACGCCCCCCAGCUCCAGUAUUUUAUGCCCAGUCCUGCUCACAAUGCUUUUUCCACCAAUCAGAGCGCACAGAGCUCGUAUAACGGUUUUCGGCUCCAUAGUCCAUAUGGUCUCUAUGGAUACAACUUCUCCACCUCUCCGCGAUUGGCUGCCAGUCCUGAAAAGAUGGCUGCCACGCAGAGCUCAGUGCUUGGGUCCUCUCCCAGUGGUACUUUGACAGACAGGCAAGUUCUGUCCCCUGUUGACAGUCUGCACAUGCUCAGCGGUGCUCAGCAAUCUCUAUUUGACUCACGGACAUUAGGGCUAACAAGUUCUGCCUCUCAGGUUACUGCCCACAUGGCCUGACCUAUGCACAUGACCUCUGACCCCUACCAUGCCACAGACACAAACAGGUGGACAGAACUGUGUGGCAGUCGCUUUGUUUCAUAAAGCUCGACUGGACAAUACUGAGACAUUACAGAUGCAGGUAAGGAGCGAUGGGAUAUUUCAAACUGAUGAAGCAUUCUGUCCUUGCCCCUUUAAGAGAUAAGAAAGCCAAAAGAGGAGAAACCAAGGAGCAAUCAAAGAGACAAUUUGCAGUGUUAGUUAUUUGUGGCACUAAUGUCAACUGGAGGUCACAGUGAGACCUUGGCUUGUUUUUAAUAGAGAUUUCCCUCUAUUAAAUACCUUAAAAUAUCCUGUGAGAUUCUCCACAUAGUUAGAAGCUCCUGCAGCAGCAAGACGUUAACAAUGGAGCCAAGGAAGCCUGCUGCAGCUAGGAAACAAACGUAUCUUUUCAAAUGGGACUGAAAUUAAGUUUCUGCCAAAUAGGACUGAACUGGACAAAGACAGAGAAAGAAUGGACACCAAGUCUGCUCUAAGACGUGCUUUGGAAGCCCUGGGAGCACUUCCAUUUCCAAGACCUGAUGCCAAAAUUCAACCUCUCUCUAGAGAAAACCACAGCAAACAGUGGAUAUUCAUCUGAUUUUAUGGCUGGGAGAGGCUCCUGGUAGGCCUGACCUAGAAUCAGGAUUAGAUUCAUACAAACUCAGCAGCUGACAGCUUAGGAGUCCAAAAAUGGGAGGUGGCCAAUGUCACAGCACAACUGAAGCUAAAAGGGCCUUUACUUAGGUGCUAAAUAAAAUGUGUAGUUUCACUGGAACUAAUUCAGGCUUUGGCUCUGAGAGCAAUUGGUACGGCUUGGUAUUAGCCUAGCUUACAAGCAGGAAAUCAGCAGCAGACUGUAUUGGUUUAGGGCCGGAUGCACAGAUUUAGCUCUUUCCAGUGUUUAUGACCUGAAUGAUGUUCAGCUAGCAAGCUAGCAUCCAUUCACAAUCAUAGUUUAUGGGGUAUAAGCUGAAAUCGGAAAGGUAAAGCAGCAGGUAGGAAAAACGAAACAUUGGAAUGUAUUUACAAAGUCACAAGGUUUUUUUUCUGAAUGGGUUUGGCUCUCUGACAUGGUAUCUUUGACCACCAUAGACAGGUGGAAAUUUGAUCGUAGAUCAGCACUUCUCUGCUGGGUUGAUUUAUAAAUGCAGGUCCUGGCAUCGUUAAACAUGCAUACAGGCGCAAAUGCAGGCUUUGGCAACAACCAUCAGGCUCCUCUGCUGAUCCUGAGUCAGCUUUUAGUGCCACUUUCACUGAACUGUAGCAGAAUAGUCAGGCUUCAGCGAUUCAAAAAACAGUCAUUUUUUUCCCAAGCAGACAUACUGUAUAG